AUGGCUGAUCUAGAUAUGAUUAACAGAGAUCCUAAUAACAUCAACGAUUUUAUCGGGGUUCAAUUUGAAGAUGUUUUAGCUGAACCUGAAGGUGCUCACAGUAUAGAUUGUGUAUGGAAAGCCUCCUUCUUCUGUUUCAAUAUAUGGAAAAAUUUCUUCUAUAAACUCGCCACCUUGUGUUGUGGUAUGUGUAUUGCUGCUGAAUGGGGAUGUGAAUUUGCUAGAAUAGCCUUUACCCACGUGUGGAUCGUCACUCCGCUUUUCAAAGUGCUGGAGAUUAAUUGUGGAUGUUUACAGAAAUUCUGGGCCCUGUGUGUCCAUUGUUGUUGCGAUCCGUGUUGUGAGGCGUUCGGACUGAUAUUUGGUGCCUUUAAGAAGAAUUAGAAAAUGUUUAAAUAAUCUAAUCGAUUCAAGAUUUUUUUUAAUACAAGCAAGUCACUUGGACUUGA